AUAACAAAGUGAGAAGCUUUCACUCUACAGUCUACAGCUUGAGUUGGAGCUCUGAGCUCAGGGCGGCAAUGGCGGUUUCAUCUUCUCCGAUCCUCUCUCCAUUCCGAAUGAAGAUAACAGCUACGGAAUUUGUCUCGCCUUCUUCCACUCUUCCUCGCAUCAAUUUCUGCAACAAUCGACGGCAAUCACCUGCCGUCGUCCUCGCUUCCAAGUCGGAGAAGGAAUCGUGGAGUGAGGCCAAGAGAGUGUUGAUGGAGCAGUACGGCUUCAACCCCGAUGAAUCCUUAUCUCCUGAGCCCUCUCCAAACGGAAAGAGGAAGAAAAAGCUGAAAGAGUCUGGACGGGGCGUUGAAAUUACACCAAAGGAGCCGAAGGCCGCUCGAACAACCCAUAAGUUGCUUACUGUGCUUGGAGGAAAGGCGCGGAGAAUGAAGUUGCUAAGUCCAAAAGGUAUGGAUGUGCGCCCGAUGAUGGAGGUUGUGAAAGGUGCAGCCUUUGAUAUCCUGCAGGCUGCUGGUGGUUGUCCUGCAUCUUUGAGGCCUGGCCGUUGGUUAGACUUGUACAGUGGUACUGGAUCGGUUGGAAUUGAAGCUAUUAGCCGAGGAUGCUCCGAGGUACAUUUUGUUGAGAUGGAUCCAUGGGUUGUUUCAGAUGUUUUACGCCCAAAUUUGGAAUGGACUGGGUUUCUUGAUAUGUCAGUUAUACAUACUGUUCGUGUUGAAAAAUUCAUGGAACGUGCACAGAAACUUGCAGGUAAAGAACCAUUUGAUUACAUUAGCGUUACCCCACCGUAUAUGGAAGUUGACUAUGCAGUACUGAUGGAUCAAAUAUCAAGUUCAGAUCUAGUUGGAGAAGAUAGCUUUAUAGUAGUUGAGUACCCACUAAGGACUGACAUGCUGGAUUCAUGUGGAUGCCUUGUGAAGAUAACCGAUCGACGGUUUGGCAGGACACACUUGGCUAUUUAUGGACCCAAGUGGGCCCAGAAGAAGAAGAAGAAGAAAGAAAAGUCACUUCGAGGAGCAGCAGUAGAAAUUUGAAGGAAGUCUAUCUAUGGGAGGGGGCUCAUGGAAACUGAAAUAUGAAACUAUGAUGAUUUUUCAGAUGAUGCAAUUACACAUUCUCUAAUGCCAUGUCAAGAAGGUCAAAGACUUCGGUGAUAAAUUAUAGUUUCCUGGAUGAUCAACUACUGUUGAAAUUGAGUUAAACUUUAUUAUGUUAAAGCCGAGUUUUGUCAAGAAUGUAAGAAAUCUGCAACUAACUUUGUAUAUAUAUUUCUUUUACUGGAAAGUUAACUGUGUAGGUAGAGUUAUUCUUUAAGUAUUUAUCAUCUCCCAAUAUCUGAGUUGCUCAAAUUAUUAGGUCUUGUAACCAGCUUAUCAUUUGGUUUUGCAUGAAAUAAUGGCACCAAAAUUGCUCCAUAUCAAUACCUGCUAUAUUUG